CACGCUGCUAAACGAGUUCAACUGCAUCAGCUAUAUAUACGGUGAACAAAAAUAUAAGUAUAGGAAUCACAAAUUGAAACGUAUAAAAUGUAUUCAGCAAAUCAGGGCCAACCUGCGCAGAAUGAACAGAAACUCUUCGGAUGAUGUGUAAUGUGUGCAUGGGUUCCCGUUGAAUAAUUACACACAUAUAGUUUGUACGUGUAUGAUUUGUUCCCGCCAAAUUACUGUACUAGGUGCCAACAAGUGGCGAAACAGACCGGUCGUGACAAUCGGCAGUUGGAGAUGGUUCUCAGACGUUUGUUUGUGCUCUAGUUGAUAUAUUAAUAAGAUUGAAUUUAAGCUCGUGAAUUAGAGUGUUCAAGAAAUAACGGAAGUUCCCCAUUUUGUAGCUAUUUUUGAUUGAACAAACAUCUCAAAAUGUAUGUUAAAGUAAGAACAAUGGAUGGUAAACAGGAGGCGAUAUUAACUAUUUCUAAAUUAACGGAGGUGGAAGAUUUUAAGGGUGAGAUUGAAAAAGAAUUACAUGUAAAAAAAGAUUUACAGAGAUUAUUUUUUCGAGGAAAACAACUAGAAGAUGGUUAUAAAUUAUAUGAUUACAAUAUUAAUCUUAAUGAUGUAAUUCAGUUAAUGGUGAGAAUACAGGUGGACAAUACUGAAAGUAUAGCUACAUCCAGUAGUAGUGUUAGCAGUAAUUCUGAUUCUGAAAAAGAAGUUACAAAUAAUUCUAUUGAAGAUGAAAAAUUGGAUGAAGCUGAAAGUUUGUAUUAUAAGCCUGGAGAUGCUAUAGAUUGUCUUGACCAAACUUAUGGUGCUUGGUUUGAGGCUAUAAUAUUAAAGAUAUUUAAAAAGGAAGAUAAACUUAUUUAUAAUGUUCGUUGGGAAUUUGAUGACAAAGCUCCACCUUUUAACAUAUCUGAGUCAUCUAUAAGACCACGUGCAAGAAGGCUGUUACAAUUUGAUACAUUAAAAAUGGGUGAAAAAGUAAUGAUUAAUCACAAUGUUGAUGAUCCCAAAGUAACUGGAUUGUGGUAUGACUUUACAGUAUUAAAAACAGAUAAGAAAAGAAGAGUACAAGAACUUGUUGGAACAUUGCAUAUUGGGAGAGAUCAACAGCUUGAAAAUCGUAAAGUAAAUCCCAAAGGUGAAAUUUUUGCAAUAGAACAGCCAAAACUUCUUAAAGAUAGAACUGAGGAUGAUGAACGACACAUGACUAGUAAUGGUAAACGAAGACGUGUACAAGCUAAUUGCGAUGCAUGUUUAGACAAUCCUCAUAAAAAAUGCAGGGAAUGUGGUUGUAGAGUCUGUGCUGGGAAAGAAGAUGAACACAAUCUUUUGUUAUGUGAUGAAUGUAAUUUUGCAUACCAUUUGCGAUGUUUGAAUCCUCCUUUAACAUCUAUACCAGAAGAAGAUUAUUGGUAUUGUCCAGAAUGUAAAAAUGAUGAAAAUGAGAUAGUGAAGGCAGGUGAUAAAUUAAAACAAACAAAGAAGAAAACUAAUGAAAAUAGUAACAGUAAACGAGAUUGGGGUAAAGGAAUGGCAUGUGUAGGAAGAACAAAAGAGUGCAGUAUUGUUCCACCCAAUCAUCGAGGGCCUAUUCCAGGAGUAGAAGUUGGAAUGUGUUGGAUGUAUAGGGUUCAGGUAUCUGAAGUUGGAGUACAUAGACCACAUAUAGCUGGAAUUCAUGGAAGAGAAACAGAUUGUGCAUAUUCUAUUGUCUUAUCUGGAGGUUAUGAGGAUGAUAUUGAUAAUGGCGACGAAUUUAUGUACACUGGUUCUGGAGGAAGAGAUUUGUCAGGGAACAAAAGGACGGCUGAACAAAGCUGUGAUCAAACAUUGACUAGAAUGAAUAAGGCAUUGGCUGUAAAUUGCAAUGCAAAACUUAAUGCAACAGAUGGUGCUACAGCUGAAGAUUGGAGAGGUGGUAUACCUGUAAGAGUUGUAAGAAACUUUAAGCUUGCUAAACAUAGUAAAUAUGCUCCAAAAGAAGGCAACAGGUACGACGGUAUAUACAAGGUAGUGAAAUAUUAUCCAGAUACAGGUAAAAGUGGUUUUCGUGUAUGGAGGUAUUUAUUAAGAAGAGAUGACCCUGCUCCUGCACCUUGGACUAAAGAAGGUAAAGCACGAAUAGCCGCUCUUGGUUUAAAACCAAUGUAUCCAGAUGGAUAUUUAGAAGCAAUGGCGAAAAAUAAAACGAAUAAAAAAAGAAAUGUGCCGACGAAGGAAGAAAAGUCUUCUAGUUCAAAAAUCGACGAACCACCGAAGAAAAAACAAAAACGCGAAGGUUAUGAAUUAGAAAGUGAGAUUGUAAAAUUUAUUGACGAAGAUCAAAUAAAUGCAAAAUUGUGGGAUGAAUGCCGCAUAACUUUAGCUGAUGGUAAAGCUGCAUUUCUACAGCAAGUUUCAGAGAGAUUUACAUGUCCCUGUUGUUUGGAAGUCGUUUAUAAUCCUGUUACAACUCCAUGUACGCAUAAUAUUUGUUUGACCUGUUUAAAACGUAGUUUUUCAUCAGGCGUUCAUUAUUGUCCAUCAUGUCGUUUUCUGUUGGACAAAAAUUACAAGAUGGAUGUUAAUGAGGCGUUAUCAUCUGCUCUGUUAUUACUUUAUCCUGGAUAUGAGGGUGGAAGAUAACAUUGACUUUUUAUAAUGUGACAAUUACCUUCCAGGAAUUAAUUAAUACACAUUUAGACUGUAUUACGUAAUAAUUUUAGGUACAAUUUCUAUUCCAGUAAUAAAAUAUACUGGAAUACUAUAGAUUUGUUAUAAUGUAUAGAUACAUCUAUAAC